AUGCGUAUUCCAGGGCUCGAGUAUACGGCAAGAGCCUUGUCACUAUCCACCGGUUCCCAGAGACCCUUGAGUGAUGACCCUUUUAGAGGUGUCUCUGACACUCGGUUCUUGUCGAGGCCUGAGUUACCAGGCGGCACCCCUCUCAGUCUCUGCGAGGUGUCCCGCCCGACAGACCUAUACAACAUCACAUCGGUAGAGGUGACCCAGCAGCCUAUCCACUUCGACGAUUUCUUUCUCUUUCACCUCUAUGGGACCUUUCAAGGCACGUUUACACCGAAUGCGACAAUCACCUUUUCUGUGGACUGCGGCUCGCAUUGCGAAGAUUACGGCUACCCGCCCGGCGAGACAUCGCCAUAUGAAGCCUGGACGGAGGGUUUCUGCACCUUGACCGACAUCCAACAGCCCCUAGGUGGGCUGCCAAAGAGGAACACGACUUGCCCACCUGUGGAGGGUUUUGCCCUUCUCGAGUCGCCGGGAUACGUAAUGCCUAUGUUCUUCCGUAGGCCGGGCUUCUUCAACUUUACUUUCGAUGCAAAGACUGCGGAGGGCGGGAGGAUCUACUGUUUGACGGCCGAGGUGUGCUUGAGGUGGGAAGAUGAGGAGAUCAAUAAGCGUUAUAAAGGACCUAUGACCAACUGUACUUGGCCGCGGUGA